GGCUGGAGAGGGGAGAGUUGAGACUGGCCAGGGCUGCCAGGCUCCAUCCUGGCCUUCCCCAGCAGCCAAGGGGAAAGCCAGGGCUGCCUACCCACAGAGAGGGUGGUUGGCGAGUGCAGUUUGCAGGGGGCACUGCCCUCUACUAUAUUUGGAGAAUGUUUUCUUGUUAUCCUUUAUUUCUCUAGCUAGAUUGAGCUCAUUUUGUGCCUUAGCUUUUCUAAUUUGCCCCUAUAUGCUCGUAUUGUUUGCUUAUAUUCAUCCUUUGUAUUUUGACCUAGCUUACACUUUCUAUAGGAUUCCGUUUUGAUUUUUAGUUCAUUCAAAAUCUCCUGGUUAAGCCAGGUCUCUUGUCAUACUUCCUAUCUUUUUUGUGCAGUGGAACAGUGUGUUUUAGCACCUUUAAUACUGUCCCUUUGAAAAACUGCCAACUGUCUUCAGUUGUUUUUCCUCUUAAACUUGCCUCCCAUGGGUCCUUAUCUACAAUUUCCCUGAGUUUUCUAACAUCUGCCUUUUUUAAAUCCAUUGUCUUUAUUUUGCUGUUCUCCCUUCUACCAUUCCUUAGAAUCAUGAAAUCUGUUAAAUUUCACGAUCACUUUCACCCAAGUUGACUUCCACUUUCAAAUUCUCAACCAGUUUCUUCCUAUUUGUUAAAAUCAAGUAUAGAAUAGCCUCCCCCCUAUUAGCUUUCUCUGCCUUCUGAAAUAAAAAAAAUUGUCUCCUAUACAGUCCAAGAACUUGUUGCAUAAUCUGCUGUUUUAUUUUCCCAGCAGAUGUCAGGAUAGUUCAAGUCCCCCAUUACCACCUGUGCUUUGGAUGAUUUUGUUGUUCAAAAAAGGCUCAUCCACCUCUUCUUCCUGGUUAGGUGGUCUGUAAUAGACCCUACCAUGACAUCACCCUUGUUUUUUUACCUCUUUUAAACUCACUCAGAGGCUUUUUAAACAAGCCUGCCUCCUAUGUCCCUCUCAAUCUCCGUCCAACUAUAUACAUUUUUAAUAUUAACAUUUUGUGCUUAUGGAUUGCAGGACAAGGCCUAUAACUAUCGCUAUGUGAUGAAACUGAAUUACUGAUGGUAAGAAGUAUCCCUUUGUUGGUUCAAACAUGUAACGUUUUUUAUUUCCUUUCCAGAAACAUUGUGAUAAGCAAAAGGCCUAUUUGCGUAUCCGUGCCAAGCCAUCUCUCUUUCAGCAUGUUGGAAUUCAUUCGUCUUUGGCUGGGAAAGUACAGAAUUUAAAAGAUAAAGAUUUUGGCAAAAACAUGUUACAUAAACCACAUGUUAAUCCCCCUGCAAAAGUGACUACUAGCCUAAGAAUAUUCCAGGAUUAUACUUUGGAAAAGGUUUAUGAAGGAAUAGACUGCUUUUGGGCUUUUUCUCCAGUGGCUGGAGAUUAUAUCUUAUUUACUUUUUCACAGCCAUUGAAAGCAGAAGGGUACCUCUUCAGAAGUGGAAACAUGGAACACCCUGGUGAUAAACUAUAUAACACUACUGUGGAAGUUUUGCCUGCUGUUGAAACAGAAUUAUUAAAAGAUGCUAUAGGCCAAGGAGAUAAAGUAAACUACCAAACAACCAAAGAUGGAUAUUUAAAGAUAGGUACAUUUGAUAAUGGAAUAGCAGAAGACAUCAUCAGUCCAUCAGUAGGAAAAAUACAGGCUAUUCGUUUAUCUAUCCAUUCUAAUUCUUCUGUAUGGGCAUUACUGAGUGAGAUAUUCAUCAAGACUUCUUGAAAAUACAAAAUUCCAGAAAAUCACAUUUUUUAUGUGUCUUUUCUUAAGGACUGCUUUGAAAACCAGGCCAUCUAGCAACAAAUGGUCUGCUGAGAAAAAACCAAAACUCUUGUGUACGACAUCUACUACUUAAUACUGUGUAUUAAAAAAAGGAAGUUUGGGGAGGGACAUAUAACUUUCUUAGAAGGACUUCAUACACAUACCUCUUUAGCGCCUAAGUGUGUAUUCUGUGUCCCUCACAAAGUCAUUGCAUAUAUUACCCAAAAUAAUUAACUGUUUUGCAGCAGUGUGAUUCCACUGACAACACUGUAGCUCCAUAUGUUUCUGAAUAAAAUAAUAAAUCAUCUUGCUCUAAAUUUAAUCUUAAAAUCCACUGUAUUUACAUUGUUUGAAAUAGAUCAGCAGUUCAUGGUCUUUCAAUAAAAUAUUUUAAAAAUAAGGGUUCAAAGGUAGUGGAAUUAGCACGAUUCACAGUGGCUGUGUCUACACUGGCAUGAAUUUCCGGAACUGCUUAAAACGGAAUACUAUUCCAUUUUCAGUUUUUCCGGAAAAGGAGCAUCUACAUUGGCAGGCUGCUUUUCCGGAAAAGCCCUUUUUCCGAAAAAGCGUCUGU